AUGCUCAUCACCUCAUCUCAUACCAUUGAUUUAUCUCCUUCCAUUCGGAAAAAAGGUUUUCGCCAACGACAAGUAUCCAACUCUAAUACACACUUCAAGCAGGCAUUGUACAGGAACAGUCGAAUACAUCGCAUUACUUUAGGUAGUCAACUCAGGGAAUCAAAAAUAAGGCUGAACGCUUGGAACUCGGUGGAUUUGAAGUUGGUGACAGAACUAGGCCUACCUGCUCAGAUACCCAACUCGGAUGAGUUUCCUGUAUCAUGUCAGCUACUGCAAUUGAGACAUAGCCAAUAUUAUGCUCUCUCUCUCACCAACUCGAUCGAAUGCCGCUUAGCUGCAGAGGAGGAAACGGAUUCGUGGUGUCAGCAUACAUCUGCCUCUCUUCCCAUGGUCAACGACGCUGACGAUUUCUUCUCCUUUCAAACUGGCAACAAUAAUCUAGUCAGACUUCAAUUCAAAAUCAAUGGCAAGGACACUUGUGAUCAAGAGGUAUUUAUUCAGUUUGAACCACAUCAGUCGGAAAGGGAUCGUCUUUAUUCCAAGGAUAAAAGCCCUCUCUCUUUAUGCCUGGGCCCAUUUCAAUUAUGCUGUCAAGAGCCAGAUGAUUUGCAUGUACAACCAUUGGUCAUGUGGGAUGAUAACCCGAAAAAUGCUGUCAAUAUGUAUAGGGCACUGCCAUUACCAAGAGAGGGCCAUUACAUACUAUUUCAAGAGCUGUGGGACAAUGGUACACCGGGGAAAUUGUGGGAUUCAGCUUUGGUGAUGAAUCAUGUAUUCAAUACCCUAGCAGAAGUGGAUAAGCAGUUCUUGUGUGGACGUCGCAUCAUGGAUCUGAGCGCAGGUAUUGGAGCCAUUGGACUGACAAUAGCGCAAACAUCCCGCAUCAAUAAUAUACAAAAUCCACCUCACAUUGUGUUGACUGAUCUCGAAGAAGCUUUGCCAUUGAUGAAGAGCAAUCAACAAUUGAACAACAUCCCUAUUACUGAACAUGUUUCGAUUCAAAGAUUAGCGUGGGGCUCCUCCUAUGAUAUCAAUCAUGUUUUGCAGGGAGAUCAUCGCCCUUUUGAUUACAUCUUGAUCUCUGACGUUCUCUACAACACCAAGGACUUUCCAGCACUCAUAAGCACCUUUAGACAAUUGGUUGAAAAGAAUAGACAUACCGUGAUUAUUAUGGGAUACAAGCCUCGUGGAUUACAGCAGAGUGAGGAGGAUUUGUUUUUUGAUGAAUGCAGAUCGCAUCUGAGAUUAGAGAGUUUGGAUUUGGAAUCCUUUGCCAGAGAGUUUCUAGAUAAUUCCCCGAGCACUGCUAAAAAGUUGGCCUUUCUCAAGAAAAGUAAAUUGUUGCAAUUGACAGGUGUGUGCUUGUAUAAGAUUACUCACAAGAAAAGCAAGUACCGCAUGAUUCAUCAUCUCAGCAACAGCAAAGGCAGUAAUACCCAACUUUAUAAACCCUAA